CGUGUGUGUCACACAGUAGUGGGCGUGUGUAGCCCUGCAUGUGUUUGGUGUGUUUAAAUGCGUUAGCCUUCACAGUGUGUAAUCACACAUGUUUCUAACUUUUACAAACUAACGGAAGCGCGAGAAGGAGACACACGCAUCGGACUUGCUGAAGCUCGGAAUGUCAGCAUCCAGAUUAUCAGUCAGAGACGGUUCAGCCGUCGGCCGCUUCUACGGCGCUGCCGCCAGCAACGGACAGGCGAUCCCCGAGAAGGAUGUGGUUACCAGGGAAACGAAGGAGGAGGGAGGUUGUCGUCGCUGGUUGCGGAAAAUGUGUCCCUGUUGCUGUCGCCGUCCGAGCAACUCCUAUAAUGUCACGAACGAUCUAGACACUGCGGUCACAGUUGAAGAGAAAGUGACACCGCACCCUGAGCCUCCUCAACCUCACACAGAAGACAACGAGCUGGAGGACUUAUCUCUGGUUGUACGCUCCGUGGAUCUUCUCAGUUCAAACACCGCCCAAAACCGGAGGGAACACCACACCGAGAAGUAUCACAGCAACGAGCUCAUCAUCCGCCGAGGCCAGACCUUUCAGAUUAUGCUUGACCUCUCGCGUUCUUUCAACAUCAACACAGACAAGUUGCAUCUGGAGCUGAAGACAGGUUCGCAGCCGUUGGUGUCGAAGGGCACGCACGUCAUCAUUCCUCUCGUGGAGGAGCUGCAGGACCUGUGCUGGGAAGCCAAGGUGGUGGAGCAGAAUGCCAAUCGCAUCAAGCUGUCAAUCAACUCGCUCCCCCAUGCUGUCAUCGGAAAAUACAAGCUCACGGUCAGCACCUGGAGUACAGAAAGCAAGUGUGUUACCACCCAUGACCCCGAGAAAGACAUCUACAUACUCUUCAACCCCUGGUGUAAAGCGGACACAGUGUAUAUGGACGGUGAAGCUGAGAAAAACGAGUACGUGUUGAACGACACUGGGAAAAUUUACUACGGCACAGAGAGGCAGAUCGGCGGUCGCACGUGGAACUAUGGACAGUUUCAGGAAGGGAUUCUGGAGGCCUGUUUGUAUGUACUGGAGAAGAGCGAAGUUUCUCCAUCAGGCUGGGGAGAUCCUGUGAACGUGGUGCGAGUCAUUUCUGCUAUGAUCAAUGCCCCGGAUGACUGUGGAGUUCUGGAAGGGAACUGGUCAGGGAACUAUCAGGGUGGGACGUCUCCUACGGCAUGGAGCGGCAGCGUGGACAUUCUCAAGAAGUAUCACAAGAGCGAAGGAGUUUCUGUCCAAUACGGCCAGUGCUGGGUCUUCUCCGGGGUCACCACCACAGUUCUGAGGUGUCUUGGUAUCCCAGCACGGAGCGUAACAAAUUUCCAGUCUGCCCACGACACUGAUGUUUCCUUGACCACUGAUGUGUAUUUUGAUGAGAAUAUGGAGCCCAUUAACAAACUCAACACUGAUUCUGUGUGGAACUUCCACGUGUGGAACGACUGCUGGAUGGCUCGCCCUGAUUUGCCUCCCGGUAUGGGGGGCUGGCAGGCUGUUGACUCGACCCCCCAGGAAACCAGCCAGGGGACGUUCCGCUGUGGCCCCGCCUCCCUUACGGCCAUCCGCACGGGCCAGGUCUACCUGAAGCAUGACACACCUUUCGUCUUUGCUGAGGUAAACAGCGAUAAGAUCUACUGGCAGAGGAACCUGGACAGCACGUUCUCACAGAUCCACAUAGAGAAGAAUGCCGUAGGACACUGCAUCAGUACCAAGGCUGUUGGCUCCGACCAGCGCUCUGACAUCACACACCUGUACAAACAUCCUGAAGGCUCUGAAGAAGAGCGGAUCGCCGUAGAGACCGCCUGUCGCUAUGGCACCAAGCCAGAUGUGUAUGCCUCGGCAGCGAAGGAUGACGUGUGCAUGGAGGUGCGUGUGGAAGGCGAGGGGCCGCGCAUGGGCGCCGAUGCCCACCUCAAGAUCGUUCUGAAGAACCAGAGCCAGGAGCCACGCAAGACCACGCUGCACAGCCAGGUGGCCGUGAUGUACUACACAGGCGUGCUGAAGGACACGGUGAAGACCGAGAAACUUCCUGUGCAUCUCAAACCAAAUGAAGAGAAAGUUGUAGACUGGGUGCUGCCCUACCAUCAAUAUCAGAACCAGCUGGUGGACCAGGCAGCGCUGAUGCUCACACUCUCCGGUCGCGUUGACGAAACCAUGCAGGUGCUGGCUUCUCAGACCAGCUUCAGGCUGCGCACUCCAGACAUCUUCGUGGAGCCUGUCGGAGAGGCCUUUGUAGGGAAGGAGGCCACGGCCAAGCUGACUUUUACCAACCCGUUACCGUGCACCUUGCGCAAUGUAGUACUGCGAGUGGAAGGUCUCGGGCUUAGAAAUCUCCAUCCCAUCAAAGUGGGCGAUGUGAGUAAGCAUGCCACGGUGACGGUGACGGAGCACUUCAUCCCCUCGGUCCCCGGGACGAGGAAGCUGGUGGCUUCUCUGGACUGUAAACAGCUCUCUCAGGUGCACGGCGUCGCCGACAUCACCGUACAGGAGAGCGAGUGAGGGCACCGUCGUCACUGUGCCCUUCUUUCUACACACUACACUGUAGUCUCCAUUUGAGCCUGAAUGUUCACCCGUACUACUUGUGAAGAACCGAUCUGAAUUCUUCAGAAACAUGAGCCUCAUAAUAACAAUACUCAUCAGAUCGUUUUUGCUGUUUUUUAUUAACCCUUUAGUUUCAGUGAGCCAUGUUAGACUGAGGAUGUGACAUAGAAUUCAUUUCAGAUCAGAAAUCUGACCUCUUUUCUCUUGAUUACUAUGAAGAACUUUUAGUUUAUAUAUAUAUAUAUAUUUUAAAUGCAUGCUUAGAAACUAUUUAAUGGCUGUUAACACAUGGAUAUUGUGACUAAUAUAUAUAUAGAGAGCAAGUGAGAGAAAAGAGAUUUAUAUCUCUGAGUGCUUCCCAGCGCUGUAUUAAAGUGUUUACGAGAAAAAUGACAGAAAACCAGUAUUAAUGUGACCUGUAUUCAUUAAGACGACUAAAAACCCUUCAUUAUAUCAUUAAAGAUAACUCCAAUUAAUUACAUUAUUUAUCAGUAUGCACUAUUUGUUCAAUCAAAUGUUGUAUUUUAUUAUUAAUAAAUUGAGUUAUACUA